CCGAGGAGGCGGAUUAGACGCGAAGACCGGAGAGACCGGUUCGGCGUUUGGGACUCUCCCUUUAGGAGCCGGGGAGGAUCGAUGGCUCCUUUAAAACCGCCGGCGGUGACGGUUUGAACGAUUGCUUCGGCUGAUGGUCUCCGGUCACGUUCUUAACGUCAGUUCUUGGCGGACAGAUUUACCGGGCCUUCCCUGCCGAGGGGCAGCGCGACCCCAGCCCUCGGAGGUUGCGUUUGGCCGCUUGUUAAAUACCGCCCUUCCUCUGACGGAUGCCGACUCGAGUGGCUCAGGACUCGUUUCGGGUUGCCGGCCCUCCACCUCUUGCGGGGCAGAGGUCGGGAUGGAGCGAUCCGGAGUGUAACUUCACAGUCGCGUGGGUCCGUGUGACCCGUUGGGUCGUCCCUCGUUGUAGAACCCGGGCGGGAUGAUCGGUGUCCGAUUUAUAGGUUCAGAGGUACCCCGACUUGAGGUCGGAACGAUUUACCGGUCUUACCGCUUGCAGAAUUUAAGACUGCCGAAAUUUACGCUAACGCUCCGGUUGCUCGUGUGGUCGGCCGAAAGGCCUCUUCUUUCGGUUCAGAGGUCCCAAAUGAAGAACUGUGUCUUUCCCCACGAGAAGCAGGAAGGUCCGUGUAAGGAGUUUUAGAUGCCUCUUGAUGUUCAAUGGUAGCCCUGGGCCAUAGCCGAUCCGCCAGGUGUCCUCCACGUCUGCUUUUGAGGGUGCGAAAAGCGCUGGGCUCCCCGCUGCCCUGCCACCGAGGCCCGGUCCAGGAGUUUGGCUCCGCCCCGGCAGGAAACUGGCGUCCCACAGCUUCGGAGCGCCCAUGGCAGCGAUGUCAUCCUUCCCCCCGCAGAGAUAUCACUACUUUUUAGUGCUGGACUUCGAGGCCACGUGCGACAAGCCGCAGAUUCAUCCUCAGGAAAUCAUUGAAUUCCCCAUCCUGAAGCUGAACGGCCGGACAAUGGAGAUCGAGUCCACCUUUCACAUGUAUGUGCAGCCAGUCGUGCACCCUCAGCUUACCCCCUUCUGUACAGAGCUCACCGGCAUCGUCCAGGGCACGGUGGACGGCCAGCCGAGCCUACAGCAAGUGCUCCAGAGGGUCGACGAGUGGAUGGCGAAGGAAGGACUCUUAGAUCCCAGCGUCAAGUCAAUUUUUGUCACCUGCGGGGACUGGGACUUGAAAGUGAUGCUGCCGGGCCAAUGCCAGUACUUAGGGCUGCCGGUGGCAGACUACUUCAAACAGUGGAUCAACCUGAAAAAGGCCUACAGCUUGCCAUGGGAAGCUGGCCCAAGAACGGACUGCUAAGACAUGAACAAAGGACUGAACCUUCAGCACAUAGGGAGGCUCACAGUGGCAUAGAUGACUGCAAGAACAUCGCCAACAUCAUGAAGACGCUGGCGCAGCGAGGUUUCAUCUUCAAGCAGACCUCCAAGCCCUUUUGAUCGGCGGCCGGGCCGGCCCAGCCGGCCAAGCCCGCACGCGGCCGCGGCCCCCCGGUCCCGGGCC